AUUUAAUAUGUUUCUGUUCCAAAUAGUAAUUUUCAAAAAAAAAAAAAAUCUAACUCUUCGAAUUGGAAUCUUUCAAAAAAAAAAAAAAAAUGCACGCCUCAACUUCCUCAGUCUCUUCUCCGGCGCCUCACUCUCUUGACACCUCCCCAUUCCUCACCCGCUCGAUUGCCGACCAUAUCCUCCGUAGCCGACGUUUCCUACGCCGCCCGCCGCAGCCCUUCCGUGGUGCGGCUGCUCGGCUCCUUGGCCGAUCCAGCAGCCGCCGCAUGACGUUGCAGGAGCCCUCUGUAAGUAUGCGCGUAAAUGCAGAGAGCGACUGGGCCUUCUCCAAGCCGAUUAUUGUGCUAGAUGUGUUGUGGAAUUUGGCCUUCGUGGUGAUUGCUGUUGUGUUGCUGGGGCUGAGCGUCAAGGAGGAGCCUGAGGUGCCGUUGAGGCUGUGGAUAAUUGGGUAUGGUUUGCAGUGUGUGUUUCAUAUUGCCUGUGUGAUCUUCCAGUAUAGAAGGCGGCCUAGUGGAAGGAGUGUGGGAUUUGGAGGGAAUGGGGAUUCCACUUCGGUACUGGGGAGUGAUGGAGGAGAUUCUGUGGGCUAUGGUGCUGAACAGCGAGCCAGUGAUGAUGAAACUAGCACCGCGAAGCACCUGGAGUCUGCAAAUACAAUUUUUUCAUUUAUCUGGUGGAUUGUCGGGUUCUACUGGGUUACUGCUGGUGGCCAAAAUUUGCCUCGUGAUUCGCCUCAGCUAUACUGGCUUUGUAUCUUCUUUCUUGCUUUUGAUGUGAUCUCUGUAUUUAUCUGUGCUGCUGUUGCAUGUCUUAUUGGAUUUGCUCUCUGCUGCUGCCUUCCAUGUAUAGUUGGAAUCUUAUGUUCCAUGACAGAUCAGGAAGGAGCAACAACAGACGAGAUUGAUCAAUUGCCAAAGUAUAGAUUCCGCAGGAUACUGGAUUUUGAGAAAAUUGAUGGUGAGAUUCAAGUAUCUACUGGAGGGACAAUGACUGAAUGUGAAUUUGACAUGCCCACUGAACUUCUUCUUUCCCAUGAGGAUGCUAACUGCUGCAUUUGCCUUUCUGCAUACGAAGAUGGAACUGAGCUACGUGACCUUCCUUGUCAUCACCAUUUCCAUAGAGCAUGCAUAGAUAAGUGGCUUUACAUAAAUGCAAUCUGUCCUCUUUGCAAGUUCAACAUUCUAAGGGCAACCAAUCAAAUUGGUAAUGAAGAAGUAUAGAAACUAGGUUUUCCCCAAAAUUUGGCAUAUAGCUUCUUCCCCGCCUGUUUUAUCAUGGGGACAUGGAGACAGCACGCGACAGCUCGCAAGCUGGUGCCAUUAACAAGAGUAAUCACCUCAAUGUGUAACCAUAUGUAACUUUCUCUUGGUCAUUGUGCCAAAUGUAUAUGAAAUAUUUACUUUUACUCAUUAAAGAAACAGAUUGAAUGCGUAA